AUGUCAGCACAAAGCACGCCUUACCGCCGCCCUCCACCAAUGACAUGCAAAUGUGUUGUCACAUCUACAUCAUCUAGAGCUGCCUCCUAUGAGAUGGAGGGAGAAAAAAUUAAAAUUGCCUCUUUUAAAACAAAAACCAUCAGUGUCCUCACUGACGGCCACAGUUGUUUUUUGGCACCAACUGAUGGGGUCAUCCCUCUUUUUGAAGAGGGGGAAACAUACGUCAUUAAAGGCCAUUCAACAUCCAUGAAGUAUGGAAGAAAGUGCCUUUUUAUUGGGCCAAACACAAAAAAAUGUUUAGUCCCCCCACUCGACCUAACAGAUGAGGCCGAGCAAAAGGCAAGAGACACCCUGACAUUUCCAUCAAUUAUGAUGACUGGGGAAGAGGAGGAUCUAUUUACCCGAGGAGGGUACAUAACUAUCAAGGGUAAAAUAGAAAAACUGCAGGUGGCAAGAAUGAUCACUGUGAAAGACGAAAACGUCCCCAUCUUGGACCUAUCCCUCCGCUGUGGAGACAGGAUCAUUCAAAUCUCAAUGUGGAGGGAUGAGGCCCUAACAGAGCUCCACUUGGGAGAAGAAGUGGAGCUCUCCCACCUUAGGGCUGCUAUUCGACCUGAUGGCCAGUGCAAACUCAAUUCUUCCACCUAUACCCGUGCACAGGUUGCUGACCUGAGGAACGAAGAGAACGUACGAAUCAUAGCAGUGAAUCCUGGAGAAAACGAGAUGGUCUUGCUUGCAGCAGACUUCACAGAAUACAUCCUGCCCAUGGAUGUCUAUAGAGGAACUUGCAGAGAAUUACUGCAAAGGCUUCCACUCCAUACAACAAUUGUACACACACACUCCAAAAUCAUUAGUAUGCAUGGUUUAGGUCAGAAUGAAAUGUAA